GGAGCUGCUGCCACAACUGGCACAAGCAAUAUCUUACGAUUCUUACCAUAAGCAGGACGUUUUUUGCCAUUUGGUGAUGGUCCAUGGCCACUGGUGUGCAUUAUUGAGAUCAGAUUGAGCACUAUUUACGCAGUUGGGACCAUCUACAUAACAAUGAGUGGGUUGGCUUUCAGAAUUUGCGCUGCAAUGUUGCACAGAUUGCGUGAAAGUUGGAGCUGAGACAUCCAGCACUGUCAGAUGGGCUUUAGCAAAUGUAAGGUGAACCAAGAUGACUUGUUGAUUGAACCUGAUCCAGCUGUGUCCCACAUUGCAGUAGCCUGCCUGGGGAAGCCUAUUCGUGCACUCCUUCUAGAUGCAGCAUGUGAUGAAGCAGUAUGCAGGUGCCGCCAGCCUACCGGUCGCAGUCUUGAAAAGCAUUGACGUUCCUUUGGUCUGGCAAUGAGGGUGGUCAGUCUCUUCAGUGGCUGCGGUGGCCUGGAUUUGGGUCUCACCAAGGCGGGCCAUGAUGUCAUCAUGCAGGUGGAGAUCGACCCCCGUUGCCGCCAGGUCCUACGCCACCACUUCCCAGGGACUCUGCUGCACCCCAAUGUCGAGCAGGUCCAAACUCUGCCCAAGGAGACUGACAUCGUGGCUGCUGGGUUCCCAUGCCAAGACCUGAGCCCUGAGUCCAGCACGAGGAAGGGCCUCAAGGGGAGCAAGACUAGCAUGGUGCACCACGUGUUUAGAUUGCUGAAGGCCUCGCGCCCCGUCCAGUGGGUGCUACUUGAGAACGUUCCUGGUUUGCUCGAUCGGAUCCACGGGCAGCCAGUGGUGAUGGGCUAUGUUGCGGAGCAGCUUGAGAGACUCGGCUACAGCUGGGCUUAUCGAAUCAUCAACACUUCUGGCUUUGGAGACCCGCAGCGCAGGCGCAGGGUGUUCAUAGUGGCCUGCUUGCACGGGGACCCCAGAGACGCGUUGCUCGCUGACGUCGGCAGCUGCGGCAGCCCGUGCGCUGCGCCGUGCGUGCUGUGUUGGGAGAACGGGAAGGACCUUGAACAGGAGGUUCAUGCCAUGGACCUGGAGUGCUGGCGCUCGGGGGGCUGCGUGGGCGUCAUGCCAACGCUCACCAAGAGCAACGGGAGCAGGUGGAUGAUCGUCACCCCCGGCAGCGAGACCCCUCCCGGCCUUCUCGCCAUCGAAGAUGCCGAGCGGCUCCAGGGCUUUGAGAUCGGGCACACGUGGCCCUGCCUCCGCACUGAGGGAGGCGUCAGCCGUGACUUGACACCCGAAGCGCACGAAAGGGCGCGGUUCGCUCUUGUGGGCGACGCGGUGUCAGUCCCGGUCGCCUGGUACAUUGGCAAACGACUUGCCAACCCUUAUGAGGGGCGGAAGUACACGACUGGAAACGGCGACCAAGCCUUCGACCCCGCAGCCCCAGAGGCCUGGCCGCGUGCAGCGUGGCGGCUCGCUGGCAACGCAGCACCUCGAGAAGCCAAUGGCCUGUUGGCACGUGGCGCCCUCUCGGAGCUGCCCGAGCUGCUGCCGUUUACCCCGCUAAGCAAGUUCCUGACAGCCAUCCGGCCGGGCCUCGCUGAGGCUGACGUCAGGAACUACGUCAAGCGACUCAAGGACAAACGGUUCGAGGUGUCGCAGAGCGUGCAACUGAAGCUGAUUCGGACGUACGGCAUGAAGCUGGACGACUUCCAGGCAUACCCGCGGACGGCGGAGUCGGUCGUCUGGGCGUCGCUGACCGGCUGGAGGCCCAAGUGGUACCCCGCCGUCCUCCAGAGCCGCGCGCACGCGUCCCCGGCGGUGCUCGCGCAGGAGGAGACGGGCAAGACGCUGGUGGUAUUUAAAGGCGAGCAGAACAAGUGGUCCUCGCUGUGGGUGGACAAGGUGGUGCCCUGGCCGGACCGCAGUCCGGAGGAGAUCUCGGACAAGAUGGACCUGCCGGACGAGUACGCGCGCAUCGUUCUGUGGGCGCGCGCGGAGCACGACUGGCUGCGGCGCUUUGACGAGAAGGGCGAGUACAUGGGAGAUGGCGGCAUGCCUGCGCCCAGUUUGAAGCGCAAGCUGGGCGACGUGGCGCCGCCCCUGGUUUCGUCCGGGCUCCUCGGGCAGGCCCUGGUGGGCCGCCACGUGGAGGUGUAUUGGCCGCAGGACAACACCUUCUACGUGGGCCUUGUGCAGAGCUUCAACCCACGGAACAAGAGGCCAUAUAAGAUCUUCUAUGCCGCGGACGAAACCGUUGAGCAUCUGGACCUCCCUCAGGAGCAAUGGAGGCUAGUUCCGAGCGCCACCGGCGGCAGCCCGCCCCCUCUGGAACCAGGCGUACAUUUGCCCGGGAACUCUUCUCCUUCUCCCUCGGUAGAGCCCUUGAACCAGUCCUCCCCGGCGUCAGUCUGCUUUGAGCGGUCGGCUGCAGGCAGCUGCCCGGUUGAAGGUCCCGGGCUCUUCAGCGGGGAGGAGAGUAAGUGCAGAGGCAGCCCGGUAGAAUGUUCCGAGGACUCCGGGAGCGAGCGGGAAGCCAGCGGAAGCGCCUCGGUUGGAAGACCCGACCCCAACGGCGGACGGCAUUCGCCGCUGGCGAGUGCACUUUUGCAGCGGCUAACUUCUCAGGUAGGGCUAGGGGAAUCAUCCGGGCCGAGUCCUCCCUCAUCGAAGGCGCCUUCACUGACCAGAAACUUUGCCCCGGCUGCCCCGGAAAGGACCGGGGCGUCUCCCGCUGCGGCCCAGACAACACCAGCAACCGCUUUUCCAGAUGAACCUGGGGUCGCCCUUGUAAUCGAAGUGAACGAGAGGGGCGGAACGGCGAUUGAAGUUUCCGAGGUCCCUCCCGUGGGCGGACCCUUCUCGGCAGCUGUUCGAAGCCCCGAUCCUGUGGUCCAGACUCUCCUCUUCCCCGGUUUGGAGCCUGAAGAGCUGGGCAAAAUCGGCACUGGUGAUACUACCUUAGCAACAGACCUGAUGUGCCCGGACUUUGCGCCGAGCGGCCUCUCUCCGGGAUCCAUGCUAAGCCCAAGUGCAGCUACUCUAGAAAUUACCCGGGUAUUAGACCGGGUCGAGUUGUUCCCCAACCCUUUCGAGCGGAACGACGCUACCCAGGAAGCCGCCUGGCGAGCGGGUUUGGGCUUAACCCUUCCGGAGAAGCCGGCCCGGCAGCGGAAGGUCCGGCAACCCUCGGCCCCGAAACCUAAAAAGAUCGUGACGGAAGCGGCGCUGAUCAAAAACCCGGCUCUCGAUGGGGCUGCGCUUGUUGGGAGGGAGGUACGGGUUCUCGACGUGAAGACCCGUCUGUGGAUGUGGGCGACGGUCGAGAGCUUCGAUGCCACGAUGGGCUUCAGGAAUACACAGCCGUGGUUGGUGCGCUACGUGGACGAGUCGGCGGAGUACGUCAACUUGUGUCUGGACCGCUGCGAGAUUGUGCCCCGCAAAGCCACGGUUUCCGUGUCCCAGCCGUCCGUUGACAGCCCAUUGACUGCUGUUCCGGGGCUCGACAGGGAGUCAAACGUGGCCCUCGUUGAGAGCGGGGCCGCGGAAAUGGAUGCAAGCCUAGCGGAGGUACUUUCUCCAUCUUGAGCUUUUUGAGUUUGAGACAUGCCACUCUGAGUGAACCUUAGCAUAUUUAUUGCUAAUCAUCGUGCACGUAAGAAUCGAGAAACCAGCCUAGUUGUACGUAUACAGAUGUGUUGAUGCUAGGAAUGUAGGUUUGGACAUGCGUGGUAUUUCCUGGAUUUUGGCCGGUUGCGUUGCAUGCAGGUAGAGUCAAUCAUGAGUGAAGGUAAGAGUAUCAAUUCAAUCAAUGACUAAACACGAUUCGAAAUCUGGACAUUCGGACGGAUUGGCGUAGAGUAGAACUUGGAAUUGGCAAGCUGGAGCGGUUUGGAAAACACAUAUUCGAAUGCUGAUUACCUUAGUACCAGCAUUUGCACUAUAAUCUGUAAUAUUUCGAAUAAGCGCGAGCACCAAUGUUUGUCAAGG